AUGUCACUUACCAAUCGCCUCGGCCUCGGGUCGCAGGACCACGGCGAAAGCACCGGACUCAUAGUAGCAGGAACUGCCAUCGCUACCACCGUCGUGUUAUCGCUCCUCCGCAGCUACCUCUCGCCGACGCAGCCCAAGGUCAUCCGCUCACCCUUGCGCAGUGUUCUGCCUCGGCUCUCACAAGAUGAAUUCGAUAAGCUCGAAUACAAGCCCGACAACUUCCCCGGCGCACGAGAUGUUGAGACUCCGUACGGCUCCAUUCGCGUCUAUGAAUGGGGGCCCCUGACCGGCGAGAAGGUUGUCUUCGUGCACGGAAUUAGCACCUCCUGCAUCACCCUCACCAAGCUGGCCAACGCCCUAGUCGAGGAGAAAGGCUGCCGCGUCAUGCUCUUCGAUCUCUUCGGCGCGGCUUCUCCGACAACCCCUCCGACCUGCCGCACGACGACCGUCUGUACACGACUCAGAUCCUGA